AUGGAUGAGUCAGAAGCGGAUGACAAAACACACAAACUGUCAUGGUGGUCGGGGGUCGACACAGGUUUCAUGUCAGCUGGGGUCUCUGUGGAGCUGGGCUUUGCCUUUGAGUGGUACGAGUUUGCCCUGAUCCCCUCUCUAUCCCACUCCCCACUCCAGCCCCAGGGCCCUAAUCUAGGAGGGGUGGGCGGUAGUGGAGAAGGUCCUACUGCCCAGCCCCCCCCUAAGCUCUCAGGUGCCAGCCCCCAGCCAAGACCAUCCUGUCGUUCGGGUGGCACGGUGACCAGCCCCGUGGAUGAAGCGAGGUUCGUCUUCCCUGCAGCUCCGUUGGAGAGCCCGCCCCUCCUACUAUUAAAGUGGACUAAAGACAGUGAGGACUCGGCCAUCCCCGUGACUUCGGACGGCCAGCGUCAGACUAUCCAUGGCACGCUGGUGCUGCGCUCCGUCAAAGCCGAGGAUUCUGGGUACUACACCUGCACGGCCACAACACUCUGGGUUUCCGACACCAUCAUUGUCAACCUCCUGGUGCAAGUUCCUCCGGACCCUAGACUGACAGUCUCCACAACCUCCACCUCCUCCAUCACCCUGGCCUGGAUCCCAGGGGACAACGGAGGCAGCUCUAUCAGAGGCUUCGUGCUCCAGUACUCGGUGGACAACACGGAGGAGUGGCGCGACGUGUUCAUCAGCUCCAGCGAGCGCUCCUUCCGCCUGGACAACCUGCGCUGCGGCACCUGGUACAAGGUCAAGCUGGCCGCCAAGAACAGCGUGGGCUCCGGGCGCAUCAGCGAGAUCAUCGAGGCCAAGACCCACGGACGAGAGCCCGUGUUCAACAAGGACCAGCCCCUGCUCACCCACAUCAACUCCACCCACGCCGGCCUCAACCUCCAGGGCUGGACCAGCGGCGGCUGCCCCAUCACCGGCCUGCUGCUGGACUUCCGGCCCAAGGGCACGUGGGCGUGGCAGAGCGUGCGGGCCAACGCCACGGGCCAGCUGUUCCUCAGCGAGCUCCGAGAGGCCACCUGGUACGAGCUGAAGAUGAAGGCGUGCAACAGCGCCGGCUGCGGGAACCAGAGUUCGCAGUUCGCCACCACGGACUACGACGGCAGUACCAUCCCUCCCAUCAAGUCGGCCCGCGGGGAGGGGGACGACGUGAAGAAGCUGUUCUCCAUCGGCUCCCCCGUCAUCCUGGUCACCCUGGGGGUGGCCCUGCUCUUCAUCAUCCGCAAGAAGCGCAAGGAGAAGAGGCUGAAGAGGCUCCGGGACGCUAAGAGCCUCGCGGAGAUGCUUAUCAGUAAGAAUAAUCGGAGCAUGGACACACCGGUGAAAGGGCCCCAGCCAGGCCCACGGCUACACAUCGACAUCCCUCGAGUCCAGCUGCUCAUCGAGGACAAGGAGGGCAUCAAGCAGAUAGGUGAGGACAAGGCCGCGGUCCCAGUGACGGACACAGAGUUCAGCCAAUCGGUGAACCCACAGAGCUUCUGCACGGGCGUGUCCCUGCAUCACCCCGCCCUCAUCCAAAACACAGGGCCUUUGAUCGACAUGUCCGACAUCCGUCCAGGAACCAAUCCGGUCUCCAGGAAAAGCGUCAAGUCGGCGCACAGCUCGAGGAAUCGCUACUCCAGCCAGUGGACCCUCAGCCGCCCGGGCCAGAGCCAAUCGACGGCCUCGGCGCGAACCCUGACCUCCGACUGGCGCACCAUGGGGUCGCACGGCAUCACGGCCACCGAGAGCGACAGCUACAGCGCCAGCCUGUCCCAGGACACAGACAAGGGCCGCAACAGCAUGGUGUCGACGGAGAGCGCCUCGUCCACCUACGAGGAGCUGGCGCGGGCCUACGAGCACGCCAAGCUGGAGGAGCACCUGCAGCACGCCAAGUUCACCAUCACCGAGUGCUUCAUCUCCGACAGCUCCUCCGACCAGAUGACCACGGGCACCAACGACCCCGCUGACAGCAUGACCUCCCUCAGCACGCCGUCCGAGCCGGGCAUCUGCCGCUUCACCGCCUCGCCGCCCAAGCCGCAGGACUACGACCGCGGCAAGAACGUGGCCGUGCCCAUCCCCCACCGCGCCAACAAGAGUGAAUUCUGCAACCUGCCACUUUACAUGAAGACGGACCCCUUCUUCCGGAAGCAAGGGGAGCUCCACGACCCGUGCCCGGCCGUGCCGCCCCGAGAGGCCUCCAUCCGCAGCCUGGCGCAGCGGGCCUACCACACCCAGGGCCGCCACAUGACUCUGGACCCUUCCAAGCAGCAGGCCCUGACGCUGGGUCACUCCGGGCUGGGCAGCCUGGGGGUGAGCUCGGGUACGGCCACCCUGCCCCAGAGGACUCUCACCAUGCCCGGCUCCACCGCCGCGGCCACGGCCUCCACCUCCAGCACCAGCAGCAACCCCACCAACAGCAACAAGAUGGGGGGCUCCAGAGACUCGCUGCUGGAGAACAGCUCGUCGGCGCUGGGCAGACUGCAGAAGCAAGGCGUGGGGGCCUACUCCAAGUCGUACACGCUGGUGUAGAGCUCGGACGGCCCCCUCACCUCACCCCCCCCCCCCCCCCCCCCGUCUCACACACACCCCACCCCUCAACCUGCUCUCACGGACUACGCUCCCCGUCUGGACCCCCUACCCCACCCCCCAUUCCCCAACCCCACACCCCCCGCCAAACCCCAGCCCAGCUCCGGGGGCUCCUAACC